AUGCCGCAGACAGUGCCCUCCGCAGCCGGCUAUUCGCCUUCAUUCGAUUACAGCACAUUCCAGUUUGACUUGUCCCUUCUGUCGGACGAUUAUGGCGCCACGAAUGUACAGACCACAUUGAAACCAACGCAGAUCAAGCAGGAAGCACAAUCGCCGCGUCCCGGCUCGCCCAUUACCACUUACUCGAGUCCACCGUAUCCCGGUGCCGGUGGUGAACUGCCCCUGUCACCUAACUACUCGCAAGAGGGCUCACCGGGAUACCCGACGAGUCCAUACUACGUGCCGAGAAGUCCUCAGAGCGCGCAAUUUUAUCCAACGAGCCCAGAACCGUCCGCGAAACAACCGGUUAAGAGGGAGAAGAGCCUCGACCUUUUGGCAAUCUUGCAAGAAUCCCGGCUCCUGGCCGAGAGUCUGGGCUACCGUGAGGACUCGACCGACUGCACGGUGCCGUGCACACCGCCCCGAACAGAAGAGGACAUUUAUAACAGCCUUGACGCGGACUUCUUCGCGAAGAAGGAAGAUGCCGCAGUACAAGGCCAUCCGUUGCUGAAGGAGAUCCUCUUCAAAGAAGAGCCUCGAUCCAGUUGCAGCAGCAGUAGCAGCAGCGUCACCAGCAAUUCCUCCUCCUCAUCGACGACAUCCUCUUCACCUGACCCGAUCGAGCUCGAGAACAGCUCCCCGCUGAGGAACUUGCUGUUCAAGGGAACCAGAAAAGAUUUCACGGAUGCAACGAGAACAAAUGUCCUGAAACUCGAGAGAAUACAAGACGAGGUCAGGAAUAAUCCGUUGCAGAAGGAGGAGGAGCUUUUCAAGGACGGGCAAAAGAGCGAUCAUCAGUUGCUCAGGGAGGUUCUGAGGGACACCAGCUUCCAAAGGAAGUACAACCUGAGACCUGUGGACCUCGGGAACGUGGGCACUGGGUUCGUGGAGGACAUGGAAACCGGCGAGUGCGUCGGGGACCUCACCAGGGAGCAAAUCGAGCCUGUCCUCAGUCUGGCCAUCCAACAGCUGCAGAAAGACUUCGACAACACGUGUGUGGCACUGGGCAUUCAUCCAGAACCACGACGCUGGAGCGCGGCGGACGUAGCGGCCUGGAUACAAUGGGCGAGAAGGCAAUUGCAGUUGCCCUCUGUGCCAUUGGAGAGCUUCAAUGUGGACGGUGCAACGUUGACGUCGCUCACGGAGGAGGAAUUCUGUCAGCGUGCCCCUCAGUGCGGUAGCAUGCUGCACGCACAGCUGGAAAUUUGGAAAGCAGCCGUCGAAGAGUCACCGCGCAACACAUUGGCGGCUUCCUGGAGCCCCGCUGGUGUUGUUCAAACCCCGGGCAACAACACAACAGGUUCGUCGGCUAUUGGAAACGCGGCUAACGUCAGCGUCAAAGGCUCCUCCUGCAGCGUAGAUUUCUCCGAUGACGAAGACGAGGACUGCGGUACCUCCCAAACCGGAGCAAGCGGCGGAGGUGGCGGCAGUGGCGGUGGAGGCGGAAAAAUGCGAAACGGCGGCUCCCACAUCCACUUGUGGCAAUUCCUCAAGGAGCUGCUGCAAAGUCCAGCUGUCCACGGGUCCUGUAUACGUUGGUUGGAUCGGUGCAAGGGCGUGUUCAAGAUCGAGGACUCGGUCCGAGUGGCCAGGCUCUGGGGCAAACGGAAAAAUCGGCCAGCGAUGAACUACGACAAGCUCAGCCGUAGCAUCAGGCAAUACUACAAAAAGGGGAUCAUGAAGAAGACGGAGCGUAGCCAGAGGCUCGUCUAUCAGUUCUGCCAUCCGUACUGCCUCUAA